AUGGCUGCCCAAGUCCAUAUGACGGAUAGCGACAUAGCAAGAAUUUUAGAGUUUGAUGGCAAUGAUUCUACCGUUGAAGGCCUUUCUGACGAUGACUUCGAAGGCAGUCAAGAUCUUGAACCACGCCUGGAAGAGCUGGAGGAUGAAGGUUCAAACGACGACUCGAGCGAUGAUGAUGUACCAUUGGCUGCUGUUGCUGCUCGUCAGACUUCAAGUCGUCGACUAUAUUUCAAGCAUGAAAAUGAUUUCACUCCAUAUCUACCAGGCAUGUACUGUCAACCUUUAGCUGCAAGUCGCGUUAAUUUGUUACAAGAACCAAUUGAAUAUUUUUUGAGAUAUAUUCCUGAAGUAAUGUUUGAAAUAAUAAGUAAUUAUUCAAACCAGACAUACUUAUUGAAGAAAGGUCAAAAUCUGAACACAACUAAGGAAGAAAUUAAAUUGUUUUUUGGCAUAUCUAUAGCUAUGAGUUAUUUGGGCUUGCCAAGGAUUAGAAUGUAUUGGGCAAACAGGACAAGGGUUGCAAUGAUAGCAGACCACAUGACUAGAGACCGUUAUUUUAAAAUUCGGACAAAUUUGAAACUUGUAAAUGAUCUUGAGGUGGAUGAAGCAUCCAAGCAAAAUAAAUUCUGGAAAGUUAACCCUUUGAUCAAAACUGUGAGAAAAGCUUGCCUAGAAACUUCCAGAUCUCAACAUAUUAGUGUAGAUGAGCAGAUGAUACCCUUUUGGGGUCAAGUAUCAAUGCGGCAGUUCAUAAGAGGAAAACCAAACCCCUGUGGUUUAAAAAACUUCGUGUGCACUACUCCAGAUGGUGUGCUUUUAUACUUCUUCAUGUAUGAGGGCAAAGGAGAUACAAUACUCACAACCAAUGAAGUUAUCUGA